AUGUUUACAGUCUGUUUGUACCGGGCGCUUUGCAAACAAUACGUUCUCGCUUUACACGCUGCCAAUCUUUCCGACAAUUCGCUGCGUCUAGCUUUGCGGCUUGCAGUCUGCUUGCACUUUUUCCUCCGGAUUAUACAGGACGAGUGCUGUAGCCUCGUUAUCUUCUGCUUCGGACCUCAUCGUUGUGCAUCGAUUGAGAUAGCCGGAUGCCACAGACGGUCCCGUAUAUCGAUGAAGCCUGAGACAUACUGGAAAAAUAGGGCAGUUGUACUUGUAGGGAAACUGAGAAAUGGAAGACGCGUUGCUGUUUCGCAGCCGAUGUCAGUUGUGUUUUUUUUCUUUUGUUCUGGCAUCCCACGAAGAUUUUCGCUCUCCGAGAGAAGCCCUUGUAGCAUUGAUAGAACAAUUCUGUGGAAGAAGUCUAUACAAACAAACGAAGUUGUGUUCCUCAUUGCGUAUGUCGGUAGUUCAGCUUUACUGCGGCAUCUUCUAUAUCUUCCGUCGAUGACGAUACGUGCCACGCGUAUGCCAUUCUUCCUAUCUCCUGCGAGACUUUGUGUCGAAUGGGGAGAAAUGGACCGAUGGUUACUUUAUAGAGCAAGGAGAAGGAACAAAGUGCUGAAAGCCGCCUUCGCCCUGACUCAAUGCCGCGGCAUUGUUUGCAGGAAGAGAUGCACAUGGGGGUUACGCGAUAAGUGA